AUGGGUAGGCUACCUGUCCAUUCACGUAAGGCUCAUACAGAAGAAGCUCAUGCGCUUCAACUUGAAAGCAUAAACUGCUUAUACAUGAACGCCGCGAGUUUACCAAACAAAAUGGCUGAUCUACGUGAACUUAGCAAUGCUAAUAGGGUUCAUCUGAUAAGAAUAUCUGAACCUUCUCAGUUCUCGGAUCAGGAGCUAGCAAUACCUGGGAUGUCUUUCUUUCGUAACGACAGAAAAACAGGAAUUGGGGGUGGACUAGUCGUAUACAUACGAUCUUGCUUGGAGGUACACCAAGUUCACAACCUCGAGUUUAACAAUCUUCAGGAAUCCAUAUGGUGCUCUGUAAGAUUGUCUACUACGUCGAGGUGCCUACUAGGAGUCACAUAUAGAAAGCCCGCUGCCGACAUCGGUUAUGACAGUCGUGUGCUGGAAAGAAUAUCCUGCUCUACACGUCUCGGUUUCACUCAUAUCCUGAUUCUAGGGAACUUCAAUCUCCUCAGAGUCAAUUUCGCGGAACAUACGUAUAUUGAAUGUGAAAACUCAACUGAAGCUCGGUUCUUCAACCUCAUUGAGGAUUUGCGAUUAUGCGAAAAUGUGAAGUCGGCAAUUCGUUGGAGAAACAGUCAGACACCGUCGCGCUUAGACUGUGUAUUUACAAACGAAGAAUUUCUAGUUGAAAACCUCUCAAUCCUGGCUCCCCUGAGGAAAAGCGAACACGCCGUAAUAGCUUUCAGUUUUGUUACGAAAACCGAGUUAAGGUAUCCCACCAACAACAUGCGCUGGAAUUUCAAACGGUUGAAUGCGUCAGCUCUACAGGACUAUCUACAACAGGUGGAUUGA